UAAAAUGUCUCAGAAUUCUGAUACAAUGAGAGGAAUCCCACCUGGGAUUUUGCUGAUUAGAAGCAUUAGAGGCAAAGACUGGAGUCUUUCUACAUAUAGAUAUGUGAUUUUGCUUGUUACUUUCAUAGCUUAUACAUGUUACCAUGCAUCUAGAAAACCCAGUAGUAUAGUUAAAAGUGUUUUGUAUCCUGACCCCAAUAAAGGCAAUGGCUUGGACCCCUUGUUUGGCAAAGUCUUUGUCAAGAGAGAGUUUGAGGGCAAUGAGAAUUAUAGGUUAGACAAGGGUUGGGCCCCCUUCAAUGGAACCGAUGGGACGUCGAAAUUGGGGGAGAUUGAUCUUGCAUUUCUUGCAUGUUACUCUUUGGGAAUGUAUGUUGCUGGUCAUUUGGGAGAUACAUUGGACCUCCGGUUGUUCUUGACGACCGGGAUGAUUGGGAGUGGCAUUUUUGUUGCCCUGUUUGGGAUGGGAUACUUUUGGAAUAUCCAUGUGUUUGGUUACUAUCUUGGGAUGCAAAUGAUUGCCGGGUUGUUCCAGGCAACAGGUUGGCCUUCGGUUGUUGCUGUGAUUGGUAAUUGGUUUGGAAAGGGUAAGAGGGGUUUGAUAAUGGGCAUAUGGAAUGCGCAUACUUCGGUUGGGAAUAUAAGUGGUUCACUUCUUGCUGCUAGUGUUCUGGAUUAUGGGUGGGGUUGGUGCUUUAUUGUUCCAGGUGCUUUUAUAGCAGUUGGAGGCCUAAUCGUUUUCUUCUUCUUGGCUGCUUAUCCUGAAGAUAUUGGAUUUUCUUUCCCACCAAAUUCAGCUCCUAAUUUGGAGGCAACGGCCGACGACGAAGAAGCUAAUAUAAAAAAAGGAUUCAUUGUCGAGGGUGAAACAAAAACUGUUCGCCGAAUUGGGUCUGUGAGUAGGACGAGUAUUGGACUUAUUCAAGCUUGUACAAUACCAGGAGUUAUACCUUUUGCGUUGUGCCUCUUCUUCUCAAAGCUUGUGGCCUACACAUUUCUGUACUGGCUACCAUUUUAUCUAAGUCAGACAGAAAUAGGAGGAGAGUAUGUUUCUGUGAAAUCUGCUGGAAAUCUCUCCACUUUGUUCGAUGUGGGAGGCAUAGUUGGUGGAAUCCUUGCUGGCUACAUAUCUGAUAAACUUAAUGCUCGAGCUACCACAGCAGCAGGCUUCAUGUCUUUUGCAAUUCCGGCAAUGCUUUUAUAUCGGAAAUAUGGCAGCAUUUCACACAAUGCCAACAUUGCACUUAUGAUGGUUGCUGGCUUGUUUAUUAAUGGGCCCUAUGCACUUAUCACCACUGCAGUUUCUGCAGACCUUGGUACGCACAGCUCCCUUAGAGGGGAUUCUCGAGCACUGGCAACAGUUACCGCCAUAAUUGAUGGUACAGGAUCAGUUGGUGCAGCUUUUGGCCCUCUUCUUACUGGUUUCCUUUCAACAAAGGGAUGGGAUGCAGUAUUUGUGAUGUUAAUGAUUUGUGCUCUUAUUGCGACGCUUCUUUUAUCACGUUUGGUUAUAGCUGAAAUUUCUGAGAAGAUGUGCAAACCAGUACCUGUAUCCAGUGAGCAAAGUUUUGGAGCUCCUGCAUCACAGCCACUUCUAAGUGAUCAAUGAUGAUACUAAAGUACAGCCUCAAGAAGCUUCAUCGUAUGCUGGAAAUCGUGAAAAACAAUCUUCGUUACAUUGGUAAGUUCAAGCUCAGCAUGUAAGUGGCAUUUUGUGGUCUUCAAAAGCAAUUUUCUUUUGGACAUUCUACAAAACGAAGCCAAAGCAUCAGUAUAGUCAAAACUGAACGCCUUCAGAAGUAGCUUUUUAGCAGUCAUUUUGGGGUUCAUUGACCGUAAUAUAAGCAAACUAAUAAACGAUAUUAAGAUUUUCCCUACUCUGGAUAAUCGCUCUCCCAAGUAGGUCUGUUAUCAUUGAGGGACCGGGUGAAUUGUGUUUACGGCUAUUGGCUAAGAUAUAAUUCUUUCUUUCUCGACUUCUUUUUCGUGUGACAAUUUUGAAUUACUGUCUCGAUCCAACUAGGUGGCACUGAUGCUGUUUAGCUUUCUGUCAAGAUUCAAAACAUUUCUGUUUGUAAGUUUACAACUUUGGUUUAAUACCAAUCGACAUUUGCCCGAA